GUUGGCGUAUGCCCUUGAAAGAUGUUUUCGGGGAAAGUAGACGCUUUAUGCUUCUUUGUCAACGGGAAAAAGGUAACGGAGAACCAUGCCGACCCUGAGACGAUGCUGUUGUCCUUCCUCAGAGAGAAACUGAGGUUAACUGGAACCAAGUAUGGCUGCGGCGGCGGAGGCUGCGGGGCCUGCACAGUCAUGGUGUCUCGCUAUCAACCUGCCAGCAAAACCAUCAUACAUUACUCGGCCAACGCCUGCCUCCUGCCGCUCUGUCAGCUUCACGGAGCUGCCGUCACCACGGUGGAGGGCAUCGGCAGCACCAAGACCAGAAUCCACCCUGUACAGGAGCGAAUAGCGAAGGCUCACGGCUCCCAGUGUGGCUUCUGCACUCCGGGGAUGGUGAUGUCUGUGUACACUCUGCUGAGGAACAAACCUCAGCCCAGCAUGGAAGACAUCACGGAGGCUCUUGCUGGUAAUCUGUGUCGCUGUACUGGAUAUCGGCCCAUUGUUGACGGCUGCAGGACCUUCUGUCAGGAAACCGGCUGCUGCCAAGCCAAUGGAGAGGGAAACUGUUGCCUCAAUGGAGAGGAAGAUAUUGAGAAGCCCCAGUUGUUUGACACGGAGGAGUUUCAGCCGCUGGAUCCGACACAGGAGCUGAUCUUCCCUCCUGAACUGAUUCUGAUGGCAGAGACAGCGAACCCACAGACACUCACCUUCUGUGGGGAGAGGAUGACCUGGGUGUCCCCCGUCUCUCUGGAGGAGCUGGUCCAGCUGAGGAGCAGUAACCCGAAAGCCCCGCUGGUCAUGGGCAACACCAACAUAGGUCCAGAUAUUAAGUUCAAAGGCGUCCUGCAUCCACUGAUAAUCUCUCCAACCAGAGUGAAGGAGCUGUUUGAGGUCGCUCGCACACCCCAGGGUGUGUGGGUGGGAGCCGGCUGCUGUCUGUCCGAGGUUCGGUCUCUGUUGGAGAAGCUGCUUCCUCAGUUUCCAGAGGAGAAGACCGAACUCUUCAAAGCCCUGAUCCAGCAGCUGAGGAACCUGGGAAGCCGGCAGAUCCGUAAUGUUGCCUCUCUUGGAGGCAACAUCAUGAGUGCGUACCCUAAUUCAGACCUGAACCCUGUUCUGGCUGCUGGGAACAGCAAAGUCAGUGUCAUCUCCAGCGGAGGAAGACGAGAGGUUCCUCUCAACCAGGACUUCUUCGUGAGCUUUGGAAAAACCGUCCUAAAACCAGAAGAGAUCGUUGUCUCUGUCUUCAUCCCUUUUUCCAGAAAGGGGGAGUUUGUUCGAGCUUUCCGCCAGGCUCCGAGGAAGGAGAGCUCAUUUGCCACCGUGACGACGGGGAUGAGGGUGUUGUUCUCGGAGGGAUCCAGAGUGGUUCAGGAUGUCAGUAUUUACUACGGGGGAAUGGGGCCGAGCACAGUCAGCGCUGCCAAAACCUGCGCAACUUUCAUCAUGCGGCCAUGGGACGAUGAAACCCUCAGCCGGGCCUAUGAUGUCCUCCUGGACGAGUUGGUCCUCCCUCCCUCGGCUCCUGGAGGAAAAGUAGAGUUCCGGCGGUCCCUGACUCUCAGCUUCCUCUUCAGGUUUAACCUGGAGGUCCUGCACAAGCUCAGAGAAAUGCGUGUGAUCACAGAUGAGCUUCAUGAGAGGAUCCAGCCUUUGUCCAGAGAGAUCCAGCCCAGCCUGCAAGAAGUUAAGCAUGUGCCAAAGGGCCAGAGCGACCAGGACCCGGUGGGGCGUCCCAUCAUGCAUCGCUCUGCCAUCAGCCAGGCCACAGGUGAAGCCAUCUACUGCGACGACAUCCCCACGACAGACGGGGAGCUCUUCCUGGCUCUGGUCACCAGCUCUCGAGCACACGCUAAGAUCACAGGGCUGGACGUGAGCGAGGCUCUGCAGCUUCCUGGCGUUGCCGACGUCAUCACGGCCAGAGAUAUUCCUGGGAAGAAAGUCCGUACAUUAUUUGGUUAUGACGAGGAGCUGCUCGCUGAGACGGAGGUGUCCUGCAUCGGUCAGAUGAUCUGUGCGGUGGUGGCUGACACGAGGGCCCACGCCAGACGGGGCGCAGCGGCCGUGAAGAUCAGCUACGAAGACCUGCCGGAGCCUGUGUUCACCGCAGAGGAAGCCGUUGAAAAGUCGUCGUUCUUUGAGCCACGGAGGAGGAUCGAGAGAGGAGAUGUAGACGAGGCUUUUAAAAGUGUCGAUCAGGUUUAUGAAGGAGGGAUGCGACUGGGCGGCCAGGAGCACUUCUACAUGGAGACGCAGAGCAUGCUGGUUGUUCCUGUCGGUGAGGAGACGGAGUUCAACGCUUACGUCUCCACCCAGUGGCCGACUUCAACUCAGGACGCAAUUGCGGAGACGCUGGGCAUCCCGUCCAACAGAGUCACCUGUCACGUCAAGAGGAUCGGCGGCGCGUUUGGAGGGAAGGUCACCAAGACCGCCAUCCUGGCUUGCAUCACCUCUGUGGCUGCGUGGAAGACCAGUCGUGCAGUCCGCUGUGUUCUGGAGCGAGGCGAGGACAUGUUGAUUACGGGAGCACAUCACCCCGUCCUGGGAAAGUACAAGGUGGGUUUCAUGAAUGAUGGGAGGAUCGUGGCUGCAGAUAUCCAGUACUACACCAACGCUGGCAACACUGUGGAUGAAUCUGUUCUGGUGGUUGAGAAGAUUCUGCUUCACAUGGACAAUGCCUACAACAUCCCCAACCUGCGAGGCCGUGCUGCCGCCUGCAGGACCAACCUGCCCUCCAACACCGCCUUCAGGGGCUUCGGCGUGCCCCAGAGCAUCAUGGUUGUGGAGAACAUGGUCAACGAUGUUGCUGUAGUGCUGGGACGCCCCGUCGACCAGGUUCGAGAGAUCAACAUGUACAAGGGGCCGUCGGUCACCCACUACAAGUUUGAGUUCAGCCCGGAGAACAUGCUGCGCUGCUGGGAGGAAUGUAAAGCCAAGUCUGACUAUGGCGCCCGCCGCCGAGCCAUUGACCAGUUUAACCAGCAGAGCCGCUGGAAGAAGAAGGGCAUGUCCAUCAUUCCCAUCAAAUACGGCAUCGCGUUUGCUGAGAGCUUCUUAAAUCAGGCUGCAGCUCUGGUCCACAUCUAUAAAGACGGCUCUGUGCUGGUCACUCACGGGGGGACGGAGAUGGGUCAGGGGAUCCACACUAAGAUGCAGCAGGUUGCGAGCCGGGAGCUUCAUAUCCCGCCCUCCAAGAUUUACAUCAGUGAAACCAGCACCAGCACGGUUCCCAACACCUGCCCCUCCGCUGCGUCCUUCGGCACCGACGCCAAUGGCAUGGCAGUCAAGAAUGCAUGCCAGACUCUGUACCAGCGCCUGGAGCCACUCAGGCAGAAGGACCCCAAAGGAUCAUGGGAGAGUUGGGUCCGAGCAGCCUUUUUUGAGAAAAUCAGUUUAUCAGCGACUGGAUUCUACAGAGGUCCAGACCUUCAUAUGGACUGGGACAAGAUGGAGGGUCAGCCUUAUGCUUACUUCACAUAUGGAGCGUGUUGCUGCGAGGUGGAGCUGGACAGCCUCACAGGAGACUACAGGACCGUGAGGACGGACAUCGUGGUCGACAUCGGCAGGAGCGUGAACCCGUCUGUGGACAUCGGACAGAUUGAAGGAGCCUUCAUGCAGGGUGUGGGUUUCUACACUCUGGAGGAGCUGCAGUUUUCCCCCUCUGGGCUCCUGUACACUCGAGGUCCGUCUCAGUAUAAGAUCCCUGCAGUGUGCGACGUGCCGCUUCAGUUCAACGUCUAUCUGCUGUCGGACUCCCAAAACCCCCACGCCAUCUACUCCUCAAAGGGCAUCGGAGAACCCGUCCUCUUCCUCGGCAGCUCUGUGUUCUUCGCCAUCAAAGACGCCGUAGCCGCGGCGCGCUCGGAGUCCGGUCUAGUCGGCCCGUUUUCCCUGGACAGCCCUGCGACACCAGAGAGGGCCUGUCUGGCCUGUGCCUCCCUGUUCACUCAGAAGAUUCCAGCCAGCAAACCAGGAUCUUUUAAACCGUGGGCCUUGAACAUCUAAAACUUUUCAAAAGAUGUUUUUAAUAUAAUCAAACUAAAGUUAAACUGACUAUGAACUAAAUGAACUAAACAGUUACUAACUAAUACAAUUAUGUUACAAAUAAUCCAGAAAAUAUCUUAACAUACAAACAAAUGUUACUUUUGACUGAUGUUAUUUUGCACAUUUAUCCUAAUUAUCAACCAUGUAUAAUGUGAAAUAA